AUGAGGCCUGCAGUAUGGUUGUUUCACUUGCUGAGCAACCUGACAUAUCAAGUGCUUGUACUACUAGAGGCCUAUGAGAAUGAGUUCAGCAUAGGGUUGCCACCUUUUGCCCAGAAGAUUCCUGGACACUUUCUAAAUGGGGGCAGCAGGACACUGAACAAUGCCAGAAUUGAUGCCAGGUUGCAGAUGCCCUCGGACUACAUGCUGCUGAGUUACUGCCUGCUGGCUAUCUGUCUCAUCCUUCUGCUUGCAGUCUGUGUGUGCAUCUUAUGGCGACUACUCAGGAGGCGUGAGCAACACUUCUUGUCUAAAUCCAACACCGAUGAGGUUGUUUCCAAGGAGUUAUCCAAAGAUUACCUGGAGGAAGCCAUUAGUGCUUCAAGUGGAUCUGCAGAGAGCAGAAGCCCAGAACCAGUGGAGACCUGUGGAUUUUGUUUUCCCCAACAAGCAACUGUAUCUAAAGAACCUCAUAACACUGUGUGUCCAUACACGGCCACCGCUUUAUCCACUGCUCCCUUCAACACCUGUAAUAAGAACCUACCUCCAAUACAACCAGAUCACAGACCCUUCAAGAUUAUCUGCUCCCCCUCACAGGAUAAAAUGUUCAGCUCAUACCCAGAAACUAAGACCAGCAGCAGGACACUGAACAAUGCCAGAAUUGAUGCCAGGUUGCAGAUGCCCUCGGACUACAUGCUGCUGAGUUACUGCCUGCUGGCUAUCUGUCUCAUCCUUCUGCUUGCAGUCUGUGUGUGCAUCUUAUGGCGACUACUCAGGAGGCGUGAGCAACACUUCUUGUCUAAAUCCAACACCGAUGAGGUUGUUUCCAAGGAGUUAUCCAAAGAUUACCUGGAGGAAGCCAUUAGUGCUUCAAGUGGAUCUGCAGAGAGCAGAAGCCCAGAACCAGUGGAGACCUGUGGAUUUUGUUUUCCCCAACAAGCAACUGUAUCUAAAGAACCUCAUAACACUGUGUGUCCAUACACGGCCACCGCUUUAUCCACUGCUCCCUUCAACACCUGUAAUAAGAACCUACCUCCAAUACAACCAGAUCACAGACCCUUCAAGAUUAUCUGCUCCCCCUCACAGGAUAAAAUGUUCAGCUCAUACCCAGAAACUAAGACCAGUACCUGA